UGGCCCGGGCGCCUGCGUAGUAUCGCACAUUGGCCUCCGCUCGGUUGCCAUGGCGGCCGGCCUGAGCGGGAUGUUUGGGAACCAGGGCCCGGUCCCUCCGCCCCCUCCGCCGCCUCCCCCUCCGGUCGCCUCCGGUGGCCCAGGCCCUGCCGGCCUUUUGCCCCUGAACUCUGCGGGGCCGCGAAAUCCCAACGGCACGCUGGUGGACGAGCUGGAGGCCUCCUUUGAGGCUUGCUUCGCUUCCCUUGUGAGUCAAGACUAUGUGAAUGGAACAGACCAGGAAGAAAUUAGAACUGGUGUUGACCAGUGUAUUCAGAAGUUUUUAGAUGUUGCCCGACAAACAGAAUGCUUUUUCCUGCAAAAAAGGUUACAGCUAUCUGUCCAGAAACCAGAGCAAGUAAUUAAAGAGGAUGUUUCAGAACUGAGGAAUGAACUGCAGAGGAAAGAAGCGUUGAUGCAGAAGCACUUGGGGAAGUUGCGACAUUGGCAACAAGUUCUGGAAGACCUCAACGUCCAGCAUAAAAAGCCUGCUGAAAUGCCUCAGGGACCUCUAGCUUACUUAGAGCAAGCUUCAGCAAAUAUCCCGGCACCUCUUAAGCAGACAUGAACAAGAAAGGUCCUUCUGCUCCUAGACCAAAUGAUGUGGAACCUUUCAAAACCUUGUACAGUUUGUAUGGUCUAACUUUUUUUUUUACUGUCAGCAAUAUUACUAAGGUGAAUAAUGCAGUUUGUCAUACAGGGUAUCGGGGUUCUUUUUGUAUGUGCUGUGUCCUGAAAAGAAACUACUUGUGCGGCAGGAAGCUCUGCUGUGCGAGAUAUCAGAAUGCCUCCAGCUGAAUAAUAAUCUGAAAGAGCAAGAACAGCAGGCCGGCUCUCGGGUGUCGCAUGGGGUGCCCUGGAAGACAGAACUGCACAUUGAAGACUGAAAGAACCACGUGUCGUUCCUUACAUUCAGGGGAUCACCGCUAGAACCAGAGUUUCUGACUGUUGUGGGAAGAGUAUUUGGCAAAGUCAGCGAGUCCUUGAAUGAGUCCGAAUUAGUCCUUUGAAUUUCAGCCAGUGUUUUGUUCUGAAGAUUGCUUACAGUGACUGCUUACUUUCCACUUGCUACCUCUUAUUUCCACCUACUUCUGUUCAUGAUUCAGACAUUCAAUCAAGUGCUGUAUAGGACAUGAUCCUGUUUCUAUUUUCCUUGUGCCCACGGGGGAGAUUAGAGUAGACACUUUCUUUUGUUGUUUUAAUGUUCAAUGGCUGACAUCUAUAGCACUUCUUCCAUAUUGCCUUGUUUGUCCGUCUGAAGUCACAUCCUUUUGUUCCUGAAAGUACCUUGCUCUUAAUUACCUUUUCAAGAUAAACUCAGGUUUGUUGUUCAAAGUCAUACAGUAGAAGAACAGACAGCACCCAAGAGAAAUGGCCAGCUAAUUUGAAUUGUAUUAAGUUGAUGGAACUGUCUGUGAGCCAAGAGUUACUUGCUGAAUACUUUGAAUGAACAAAAGUGGAGAAUAAAGUCACACAUGAACAAACAGAAAUUAAACUGUCUAUCUUUAUUUUAAUAGCAUCACCAAGUAGUCUCUUGGUGACACCCAUUUUUAUUUUGUUUAGGAAACGUGAUAGUAGUUUUGUAUAGAAAAUGCUUUCUUUCAGCUGCAGCAGAUUAGAUCUAAUGAAUCACAAAUGGAAACAAGUUCACAGAAUGGAUCUCUCUCUCUUCUUUCCUGAAAAGCUGCUCCUGAGAGUCAGGGAAACCUUUGGGAACAGAGUAGAUUUGGGGCUUGUGACUUAAGGAGAAUCAGCAGGAAUUACCUUGGACAUAAGCCUGUUCUGUAAAUGCUGCAAGAGGUUGUGCCAGGUGGGGGUGUGGGGGUGGGGUGGAUUUCUACAGGUUAUCCCUUUUUGCUGCAGCCUCUGGAAUUCACUGUGUUACCAAGGAAUCCUUCACUUCAGCACAUGGAUGUGCUGUGAAAAAAAGAGCCAAGAUCAACAGAACUGUGAAAACAUGGAACUUCUGUUUUGUAUUUUUCAGCAACCACGCUGCAGGGCAAGCAGGGGACGUUGAAACAAAGGGAUGCUUUAAAAUCAUUGUAUGAUGCAGCAAUUGUGGGUGGGAGGGGGAGGGAAAUUCAGCUCUCGAGAGUCCAAAUCUGCUAUCCUAUGUAUGGGAAGUCCCAUCUCUUUCUAAACAGCUCUUUGGAUUGCCGCAGUAGAGGUCUCUGAGAGCCACACCUCUCUUCCCAAAGUCUAUUCCAAAUUCCA